UCAAACAUUCGCAAGUGUCGAGUGCGCGUGCGCGUACGCCCGUGUGAUGUGGGUUUGCAUCGCCUUGUCCCCCCCGGGCGGCUCCACACCUCCCUCCCUCGCUCCUCUUCCUCCUCAAAUAUUCUCAACCCCUCGGCCUCAACCAAUUCAUUCCCCUCACUCAUUCCUACCUUCCUCCCCACCCCUCUCCUCUCCUCUCCUACACAGACGCGUGAAUACACUUCCGCGACACCCUGCAAGACUUGCGAGAGGAUUCAAGUCGGCGCCUGGCAAGGCAGCGCAGAUAGACAAGAUAGUUUGCUGAUUCUUGGGUCAAGCUAGCUAGAGACCAUUGGCUCUGCCGAUUUGUGCGACACGCCAUGGCGCAGGAGGAGGUCCACGACGCCGGCCUGGCGCUGGGACUGUCCCUGGGCGGAGGGGGCCGAGGCGGAGGCGACGGGUCGUCGUCGGCGCACCGCGGCAACAACAGCAGCAGCCGGCUGACCCUGUGGGAGGCGGCGCCGUCGCUGGAGCCGUCGCUGACCCUCAGCAUGCCGGAAGACACCACCAUGACCAGCACCGCGUCCGGCGGCGUGUCGUCCAUGUCAGUGGGGGGCGCGGUGAAGAGGGAGCGCGCGGAGGAGGCGGACCUGGGCGAGAUGGUGUCGUCCACGGCGGCCGGCGCCGAGGAGGACGACGACGGCAGCACGCGGAAGAAGCUGAGGCUCACCAAGGAGCAGUCCGCGCUCCUGGAGGACCGCUUCAAGGAGCACAGCACCCUCAACCCGAAGCAGAAAGUGGCUUUAGCCAAGCAGCUAAACCUCAGGCCAAGGCAGGUGGAAGUCUGGUUCCAGAACAGAAGAGCCAGGACGAAGCUGAAGCAGACGGAGGUGGACUGCGAGUUCCUGAAGCGCUGCUGCGAGACGCUCACCGAGGAGAACCGCCGGCUGCAGCGGGAG